CUGACGUGCCACAAACGCCGAUUUGCAUGAAGCGUUUUGUGGCCGCAUGCAAGCAGCUUGCACUACUGCACGGAGCGCACAGCAGGGCGAGUGUCCGAGGGGAAAAGCUGCGGAUGCGGCGGAGCGUUCCCGUGCUUUUGCAUUUCGAGGGGAUACGGUGUCGAAAGACGAAAGAAACAAGGGGAUUAAGAAAAGGGGGAGGAAAAACAGGAAACGCUGCACUUGAAUGUGAAAAUGGAGCUUCCCGCCGCGGGAGAGCACGUCUUUGCGGUGGAGAGCAUCGAGAAGAAGCGUAGCCGGAAGGGGAGGGCUGAGUAUCUGGUCAAGUGGCGUGGAUGGUCCCCAAAGUACAAUACAUGGGAACCAGAGGAGAACAUUUUGGACCCAAGGCUGCUUGAUGCUUUUGAAGACAGGGAACGUCAGGAGCAGCUGAUGGGCUGCCGCAAGAGAGGACCAAAGCCCAAGCACCUUCUGGUCCAGGUCCCUUCCUUUGCCCGGAGAUCCAGUAUACUCGCUGGCCUUCACGAGUCAUCCCUGCAAGAAGACAGCUGUCACAACACCAGUUCAGUUCCAAUGCUGUGUCCUCGGACCCAGCAGUAUCAGCUAAACAGCAAGAGGCACCAUCAGUACCAGCCCAUGAGUCGAGACGGUGAGACUGAGCAGCACCCCAGUGGCAAGAAGUUCUACUAUCAGCUCAACACCAAGAAGCACCACCACUACCAGCCAGACCUGGUGUGCGAGUCUGUGUUUGCAAAACCCAGAGAGGUCAGCGCUCCGGAGCAGCCCGUUAAGGGGUACAAUCUCCCCCCUGUGCUGCAGCAGAAAUGGUUCCGGGACAAGACUUCAGGCGUCUUGACCAAAGUAAAGGACAUCACCAUGGAGCUGAAAAAGCUCCCAGCAGACCUCAACGGUCACAAAGAACUAGAGAAUGCAAAGCCGAAAGACCGUGUAGCAGCACAGCAAAAUGGUGUCGGUGGCAGUAAACUCAAAAUUGUGAAAAACAAAAACAAGAAUGGACGAAUUGUUAUUGUCAUGAGCAAGUACAUGGAAAAUGGAAUGGAGACGGAAAAAGUCACAAACGGCGAAUCGCAGUCUGCCGAGAAAAUUUCGCAAGGAGCAGACAAUACAGAAAGGCACCUGGAGAAGAUGAAGCUGGUCAAACAUCUUGGCCUCGUAAACGGAUUUGCAGAAAAACCCAAAGGCGUGUCCGAAUUCACGGGAGAUUGUACCAAAGAAAACGACCAGUCCGCCCAAACUCAGCUCGCUGUGACGGAACAGGAUAAAUACGUUGAGGUCAGAGGUCAGGGUCUACUUUCACAGGAUCAGCCUUUACAAUUGACAACCAAGCCUAAUCUGGUCUCCUUGGCUCCGGACGCUGCGGUUCCCGCGUUCGGUGACAAAAAAACAACCCAAGAUGAAUUUCAAGGAUUAAAGCGACACCUUUCUGACACUGGUAGCGAGGACUGUGGGAGUAACAAGAGGUUUUUAAGCUCCUGCCACGCAGUCUCCUCACCCAGCCAAAGCAUUAGCACUCACCAAAAUGGCCACCGGGGUCCCUUUCCGUUGCUGUACCACGACUAUGCUGACCACGAUCAGGAUGAGCCGAUUGACUUGAGCAUGGUCAAGUCCGGGCCUCAAGUUGUCGCCUCCGCAGCGAGCCAGCCGGAAGUGCUCGCACAGGAUGGAACGCGGACCGACGUGCGAGAGCGAGAGCAAACUGAAAGUCGACCGCUGGCUGGGACGCAAAACGUUGCAAAUGUGGACAUGCUCGGUUCGUCGCUUGAUGGUGAACAGGAAAAAAAGAAAGUGGAGACGUUUCCUUCUUUCCAGCCCUUCCUUGGGAAUAUCGUCAUCACAGACAUUACUACAAACUGUCUCACGGUUACCUUCAAGGAAUAUGUUACAGUGUAAAUGUGCGGGAAAAAGAAUUGUAUUUUCAAAGACUUGAAUGUAAAAAAAGAACCAGUUCUUUUAUAUAUAUAUAUAUAUAUAUAUACAAAUAAUUUUGUGUAGCACAAAAAGACAAACUUUGGAAAAUUUGGAUUGUUUAUUUGCUCAUUUCCUGCAUGUUAUUUCAUUUGUCGUGACUUCAUUACGUGCAGUCAUUUCAAACUUAGUUCAGAAAGCAAAGAAAGUUGGGACUAACUGAAAAGGCACUUACUACAUCCUUAUUUUUGGGGUCAUUUCUGCUCUCUACAGUCAAAUACUUGUAAAGAAUAUAGGCUUUAUAGAAUUGUUUGUACAGAAGAAAAUUAUAUUGAAACGUGGUCAAAUACACUGUUAUGUGUGCGUGUGUGCAAAAAGUGUGAAUACGAGGGCAGAUACGUGCUGUUUGGGUACAUGUUUAAAACGAAAAAGAAAAGCACCUUUGUCUAAAAGUGUCACUUGUGUUGAUGAGGAGUAGGAGUGCGUGUCAAAUGAAACUUCAUCCAUGUUGCUUCUGUUUUGAUUUUUUCCGACACUGCCUCAGCCGAUCUAAAAUGCCGCAACCAUGUACGCGUUUAAUUUAUGUUUUGCGGCACUGCAGUGUGAAUUCUCGUUGUGGAUUGUAUAACAAUAGUCGAGCCGAGCAGUCCGUCGGAUUCGUAGCACCAGCUGGGUCAGCCCUCACUCCCGUGUGCGGCCCACACAUCUGUGGAGCGGCUUCAGCGUGUGUUCCUCAAGCACAUGUUAAACCCUUGUCGGGUAACUUUGAUGACGGAGGUAAUUCAAAACGGUUCUACAAGCACAUGCAGAAGUUCUCUUGUAUCUCACUUUAUAUGGCAUGUUUUCACAGAAGUAAUCAUUCCAACGUGUGAUUUUGUAUCCAGAGGGUGCAGCGAUGCACUUUUGUGUUUUGUGUGCAGAGUAAGCGAAUGCUUCCUAAACAGUUUUGCAAUAAUAAAAUUAUUUGCAGAUUCAA